AUGAAAUUUCGUGGACUCGACUUGAUCGUUUUUCUAUUAGCUGUGGUAAGUUGCAAAGCUAAUAAGGAAAUUACUUGCGAAGAGAACGAGCCAUUUACAUGUAAUAACACUGAUCGUUUAAACAGUAAAGGCUUCCCAAAAGACUUCAUCUUCGGUGUUUCAUCGGCUGCUUACCAGAUUGAAGGUGGCAGAGGACGUGGUCUUAACAUUUGGGAUGGCUUCACUCACCGAUUCCCAGAGAAAGGAGGGUCCGAUCUUGGGAAUGGAGAUACUACUUGCGAGUCAUAUACGAUGUGGCAGAAAGAUAUAGACAUUAUGGACGAAAUGAAUGCUACUGGCUACAGAUUCUCCUUUGCGUGGUCAAGAAUCAUUCCAAAAGGAAAGGUGAGUAGGGGAGUGAACAAAGGAGGUCUUGAAUACUACCACAGACUCAUAGAUGGCCUCAUCGCGAAGAAUAUCACGCCUUUCGUUACCCUCUACCAUUGGGACCUUCCUCAAACACUGCAAGAUGAGUAUGAAGGUUUCUUGAACCGCCAAGUCAUAGAGGAUUUUAGAGAUUUUGCGGAUCUAUGUUUCAAGGAAUUUGGUGGAAAGGUGAAGAACUGGCUCACUAUCAACCAGCUGUACUCAGUGCCUACGAGAGGCUAUUCAACCGGAGCAGAUGCACCCGGUCGAUGUUCUCCAAAGGUCGAUGCAAGAUGUUACGGCGGAAAUUCUUCAACGGAACCUUAUAUAGUUGCACAUAACCAGCUUCUUGCUCAUGCCGCUGUGGUCAAUCUUUAUAGAACAAAAUAUAGGUUCCAAAGAGGGAGGAUCGGACCGGUGAUGAUAACUAGAUGGUUUCUUCCAUUUGAUGAGACUAAUAAAGCCAGCAUAGAUGCAGCUGAGAGGAUGAAAGAAUUCUUCUUAGGAUGGUAUAUGGAGCCGCUAACAAGAGGUAGAUACCCAGACAUCAUGAGGCGAAUGGUAGGUAAUCGGCUUCCCAACUUCACUGAAGCAGAAGCCAGACUUGUUGCGGGUUCAUAUGAUUUUCUUGGUCUCAACUAUUACGCCACUCAGUUCGUACAGCCAACUCCUAACCCACUCCCCGUUACAUCGGAAAGAUACACUGCCAUGAUGGACCCAGGGACAAGACUCACAUUUGUAAAUUCACGUGGUGAAAAAACUGGUCCACUGUUUGAAGAGUUAAAAGGGGGAAAUAGUUAUUACUACCCAAAAGGCAUUUAUUACGUUAUGGACUACUUCAAAACCAAAUACCGUAACCCAUUAAUCUAUAUCACCGAGAACGGAUUCAGUACCUCUGGUGAUCAAACCCGCCAGGAAGCUGUUGCCGAUUCCAAGCGGAUUGAUUAUCUCUGCAGUCAUCUCUGUUUUCUCCGUAAGGUCAUCAUGGAGAAGCGUGUCAACAUAAAAGGAUACUUUGCAUGGGCUCUCGGAGAUAAUUAUGAAUUCGGUAAAGGUUUUACCGUCCGAUUCGGACUCAGUUACGUUAACUGGACAGACGUUAGUGAUAGAAACCUCAAAGAUUCUGGCAAAUGGUAUCAGAGGUUCAUUAACGUUACCACCAAGAUCACUGCACACCAAGAUUUCCUCCGCUCAGGCCUCUCUUUUGAGAACAAGAUGAAGACACUCACAGAUGCAUGAAACACUUUAUCCCCAUCAAGAUCGCCUUCAUGUCGUCUCACUCUUUCUAGC